AACAAGAGAGAAGAAGAGAAAGCAGUCUCCUGUGUGCACACUGAAAAGAUUCAGAGAUCGGUAUGAUGAAGAUCAUAAGAGUUUUCUCACUCUUACUCCUCUUCUCUGUAGGAACAUUUGCUAAAGGUUCAGAUGAUGCAAAACGCAGCCUCCCUUUUCCUAAAAUUCAUGCACAAAGAAUGCUAUUCCCUGAAACGGACACAGAAUCACUAGACUCAAUGUUUGAAAGAGACGCAACAUUCCCAACAAUCAACCCAACAACACCAACAACCUCAACUCCUACAUACAAUCCAAUCCCAACUCCAUCAACAAGUCCAUAUAUGACUCCAACAAUCCCAGACACAACUCCAACAAAUCCCGCAAUGGGAAAUCCUAUAACGGGAAACCCUGCAAUGGGAAACCCAACAUCACCGACUCCUGGAAUGGGAAACCCAACAUCACCAACUCCUGGAAUGGGCAAUCCAACAUCACCAACUCCUGGAAUGGGCAAUCCAACAUCACCGACUCCUGGAAUGGGAAAUCCAACAUCACCGACUCCUGCAACGGGAAAUCCAACGACAUCAUCGGGCCAGAGCUGGUGCAUUGCAAACCCGAGUGCAUCGGAGACUCAAUUGCAGGUUGGUCUCGACUAUGCCUGUGGCUAUGGAGGUGCAGACUGCUCAGCAAUCCAACAAGGGGGGAGUUGUUUUAAUCCUGAUACAGUUCGUGAUCAUGCUUCAUAUGCAUAUAAUAGUUACUAUCAGAAGAACCCGGUACAAACUAGUUGUGAUUUCAGUGGAACUGCUACCAUUACUAACACCGAUCCAAGUACUCAAACAUGUCAGUAUCCUUCUUCAAGCACAAGUUCAUCUACCCCCACCCCAACUAAUCCCACUGGAGCAACCCCAACUGGAGGCGGAGGACCGUCAGUGUUUGGAUCGUCUCCACCAGAUUUUGGAUCAUCCCCUCCAGAUUACAAUGACUUGAACUCAAGUUCAAGAAGGACUCCCUCCUUCACAUUGAUAUGCUUUCUAGUAUCACUUUUCUACUUAAAGGUGUAUACAUAGAUAUGUAUAUGUACGUCUCUACAGUAAGGAGGUAGGCUGGAAGUAAAGUUAUACUCCCGAUAUUAGGCAUUGAAAAUGUUCGGCAGGCUCCAACAAAACAGUCAUCAAGAAAAUGAAGUUCUCCUCUAGGACCUAGGAGUAGAUGCCAGGAAUUCCUACUUUCAUUAUGCAUAUAUUACUCUUAGAAAUAAGCUUUGUUACAUUUUUUCUACUAUUAUUUGUUUAUUUGAUCUA